AUGAGUGGUUCGUCCUCGCAAUUGAGCUUGGCUCGAUUCAGCGACGGAAACACCACCACCACCACUACUACUAUGACUUCUGUCGCAAGUCCUCUCAAGCGAAGCGAUGCUUCAAUGAACCUCGACCAGACCCUGUCGGGAAGUCCUAACCCGAAGCGACGUAGCUAUGGCCCAGCUACCAUGAACCUUGACUUCAAUGUGUUCGAUCAAGCUGGCGCUACCUCGCCAAACCAGGAGCAGGAUGAUUCUUCUCGUGAAUACGACUGGACAAGUCCCAGCUCUACUAACGUCACCGAGCCGUUGAUUUCAUUCACACCACCUGCCGCGCCCGUGCGCAGAGCGGGUUCUCUACGAAAGUCUACUCUUCAGCAACGUGAGCGCACAUCUUGGGGUAAGCGCAAUGCUGCUCAACAACUAGCUCAGAAUGCUGGCGAAGUUACUACCCCUCAGCGCGAACGAACGUCAUGGGGAAGACGUCAGGCAGCUCAGCAGUCUCCCAACGGAACCACGACCCCGAACGGCAAGAACCGUCCGCGUCUGUCUGUGGAACACUUCGUGCCACCUGCCUCGGCCGCAUUUGGCUUGCCGGCACCACCGCCCACCCCGGCGCCACAACAGGUCCAGCCGCAGAUGUUCAUGCAGCAAAGCCAUCAGCCGCAUCCUCUCUCUCGCACCAUGACGACGUCGUCUUCUAGCUCGGGUCAAACCAGCGAUUCGCCCACGCAGUUCCCAAUGCCAAUCGCCGAGAAGUCUAGAGCGCCCAUGAACUUCUCCAAGAGCUUGCCUGUCGGUGCUGUUCGCCCACAGCCGGAUAAGUUUGGUUCUGCUGGCAUCUCUACUCCUGACUAUAAGAGCGACAGGCCGUAUGAGGGAGCUUUUGCAUCUACCGGCUUAGUGUCUAAGAUGAAUCGCAAUCCAGAACUGGCCCCUGCCAAUAGUGGCUUUGGUGCUGUUCCCGACACGCCUUGCAAGAAGCAUGCUAAUAGUUUCGCUACGUACCCACCUAUGCAGCCCUUGACAAGCAACGCUAAGGCUAGAGGCCGACGCAUGCGACACACCUUUGGUGUACCGUCGACUCCGUUCGACCUUACCACGCCGAACCGAUCGACGAACUUCUUCAGCGAACAACCGCGACCCGUCUUGUUCAACGGAUUCUCUACUCUUUCUCGCAAGGAAAGUCUACUUAGCUUGUAUGGCGAUGAUGGCCGAAGUCCCUCUCGAAGAGCUUGCGGUAGUGACACUAGCAACGACGGAGACUUCCCGCCGACGCCCACGAAGCAGAGCACUGUACCGCGAGGUUCUAGCAGAUUGACUCGUACUUCGAACGCGAGCCCCACGGCUAACCGACGUCUCCCUCCUCUGUCGGUAGUUGGAUCAGGUAUGGCCAUGCAGCGUGACGCAGCUGCUAGCUGUAAGUAUAAUCCAAAACAACCACGCCUUUACAGUGCAACAGUUCCUCUCGUUUGGGGACCGCAUACUCCCUUCUACCUCACGCCACUAGGUGGCGGAGAAAUCCGCGAAGAAGUGCAUGUUCACUAUGAGCCGUCAAGCCCAGAUGGAAAGCCUGGGCCGCUCAAGGUCUAUUCUACUCCAGCCCUUGAAUUACCCCCUAUGCCUGUACAAGUUGAGUUUGCUAAGAUGAACCCCGUAAUUCCAGCAAGCCCAUUGGAGCGACUGGAAUUUGCUGAGAAGGCAUCCCCCCGAACCCCCCAGGGAAAUAUUGUGCCUCCCGAUGCGAGCGGUCUGUCUAUUUCCAAUGCUGCGGAUAACUCCCCACUCGCCAGCGACCGAAACUUGAACCUCCCUGCCACGCCGACUACGCGACAAGGCAAUGCCCCUAUAUUUCUUGAGCGACGGGCUAUUACCCCUAUUAACGGUUUACCAACUCACGACGUGGACGAGGAACUCAUUGCGCGUUUUGGUAAGGUCGAGUUUCUGGGUAAGGGUGAAUUCUCGUGUGUGUACAAGGUCACCCAGUCUAGUCAGCCGAGAAUGUCUCAGCAAGGCUACUUCAGUACUCCUACUCACCGAAGCCCUUGCUCUCCUUCGUCGGGAAAGGUCUAUGCAGUGAAGAAGCUCACUGUGCCGAUCCAAGGUAAGAAGGACAGGGCCCAUCGACGCCGAGAGGUGUGCGUAUUGGAGAAUCUGAGAGGCUGUGACCACGUUCUUCAGCUCGUCGAUAGCUGGGAGGAGAGCCAAUGCCUCUACAUCCAGACCGAGUACUGUGAAGAGGGUAGCCUCGACGCCUUUCUGUCCUUUGUUGGUUUGAAGGGCCGACUUGAUGAUUUCAGAAUUUGGAAGAUCCUUCUCGAGAUUGGCAAGGGAUUGAGGAGCAUUCAUACGGCGGGGUAUAUUCACCUCGACUUGAAGCCCGCCAACAUCUUCAUCAACUUUGAAGGCACCUUGAAAAUCGGCGAUUUCGGAUUGACGACUGCGUUGCCUUUGGAAAGAGGACCCGAUAUCGAAGGCGAUCGCGAGUACAUGGCUCCCGAGGCCCUUCGAUCUGAGAUCAGCCAAGCCGCUGAUGUAUUUUCUCUCGGCCUGAUCAUGCUGGAGAUCGCGGCUAAUGUCAAGCUCCCUGAAAACGGAGCGACCUGGACUGCUCUGAGAGAAGGAGACUUCUCUGAAGUCCCAACCAUGACUCAAGAUGCAGACUCGACACCAAUUGCGCGAGAUGCUAACGGCAUGCCACUUGAUGACGGCGAUCGCAACGCUAACUUGUUCGGUGAGAGUCAUGGUGCAAAUCAGCCUCGCCGCGCGUACAACUUCCGAUCCCGACAGUCAGCAGACAUCUUCGGCCUGAGCCGCAAGAACGAGCUACAACAUCCGCCGGACUUUAUGAGGGAUCCUAACCACCCUGAGUCUCUCGAUGUCAUUAUCAAGUCGAUGUUGGCUCCGGACCCCGUGUAUCGACCUAACAUCUUCCAUCUGCUUAGUCUACAAGCAGUCAACUGGGUCGCGAGUCGUCAAAAAGCAGCCGCAACUGUAUUCGAGGGAAACUGGGGUCCUGCAGACGAGGUGUCUAGUACUCUCUCCCUGGAUACGGAGAUGACCGAUGUCUAA